AAGACAAAAUGUAUUUAACGCAAUAACAUAUGACAAUAAUAUGGAACUAGAUUCAGUAUCUUCAGAGUCUUACACUCAUGUUGCUUUCUGAAGUAGUUCAGUGAUGUUGUAGCUCUGGAAUGAGCUGGAUCAAAGCCUCAGACUCAUUACCAUAUCAUCAUUCAGAAAGGCCUAUAAGAUUACUUCUGCCGCAUACCAUGCAUCUGAGCUGAUGUCAAAACUCACAAAGUGCUGCAAGGGUUCAUAUUUUUGCAGCAUAUUGGUGGACGUUUGAACACACACAUUUUAGGUAAUCGCAUGCACAUCUGAAUUCUUAAGGACACAAUAUGUGAUCUUUUUGGAAUACUUGGCAGGGAUAAACUCAGAUAUGUAAUCAUAAUAAACUGCUCAUGUAUUUAUUUUCCAUUAGUUGACAAGCUGUGCAGUCUUGUUUUAAGUGCGGUACAAUGCAUGUGUUAUUUUACCACUGUUUUUAUCUGUUUCAAGACUGGACAAGUUCUUCAUUUUUAAGAGUCUCAGUAUUGUGUUUUCUUUUCUGUAAACUUGCCUCUGGUAAGUUCCCCUGUUGACCUGAAAUCUUUUUUAGUAAAGAGAAACAAAUAGUGUUUCAAUUGUAUAACAUAUUUUCCAUGAUAUGAUCCAAUAACAAGCAAAUAAUAAACGCAUGCACUUAAUGUAUAUACAUUUGUAAGGUUUAUAUUUAUAUUGAAUUUGCUUUUUUUGUGUGUAAUUUAAAGCACAAAUUACAAAUAAUAUCAGUGUGUAUGUGUUGUCAGCAAACAGUCUAAAGAGUAAAAUGAUCUGUUAUGAAGUUCAAAGACACUUCCUCUUAAUGCGAAACAGUUUGUCAUUCUGAAAUAGAGACACUUCUUAUUAUUUGUACAAAUACACUGGCAUGAUUGCCAGUAGUCUUGUUUAAAGCCUGUGACACACCAAACUGAAAACUGAUGAAAGCUGAAUUUCAUCUAGCAUCACCUGUGUCUAGGCCAAAAUUUGUGCUUGAACAAAUGUAUGUUCUGUGCCUUCACAAGCGGAAACAGCUCUCCAAACCAGCAGGUGGCGAUCAUUUGUAUUUAUCAUUUGACUAAGACUGUGGAUAUACAAACGGUAAACAAAGCAGCACUUCAUUAACAUUUUGAAUAUGAAUAAUACUGAUUAGCUGGACUUACUUAAUUCCAGAUAGCCAUGAAAAUGUUGGUGUAUUGGAAUGCUCAGAAAUUAUGAAGAUGUAAAUUUACAAGAGCCUUCUGUUGUUUUCUUUCCUUUGCCACUUUGGUUUUUCUUCUCAUGCACUGGUUCACUAAGCUGAAGUGCCUUUCAGAGCCACUGAUGGAGUCUGACUAUUAGCCAAUAGUGUGGCAUGCACCACAAAAACUGGGCACUUAGAGCAUCAGCUUAGUGUGUCAUGACCCUAAGGAAUUCAGCCAAAAAUUGGAUGAACAAUCUGGUUUCUGUUUAAUCCUUGCUCUAUCAUUUUUGUGCUUAGGUUUGAGGAUGUGGACGAUUGUGGGUGUGGUCUGUCUUUCUCAGUGCAUUAUUGGUCAGCUGCUGGAGGCCAGGACCAAAGGAGCCCUACCUCAGUUUAUUUGCAGCAUUCCAGGUGUGCCAGGGGCCCCGGGAAAGACCGGACCCCCUGGACCUCGUGGAGAGGAUGGCCAUGUCGGAAUUCCAGGAAGAGAUGGCAGGGAUGGACGCAAGGGGGAGAAAGGAGAAAAAGGAGAACCAGGACUCAGAGGUAAAGUCGGGCCGACAGGAACGCUAGGGGAACGUGGAGAGAGAGGUUUUAUUGGGAAGCGUGGACCUGAAGGUGAUCCUGGAGACUUAGGGCCUCCUGGUCUUCCUGGGCAUCUCGGACUUAAGGGGGUCAAGGGCCAACGAGGCCCUCCGGGAGAACCAGGCAUCUGCAGAUGUGGAAGUUUGGUUCCCAAAUCUGCUUUUUCUGUAGGCAUCACCAGUAGCUACCCCACUGAGCAAGCACCUAUCAAAUUCAACAAAGUCCUUUUUAAUGAGGGUGGCCACUACAACCCAGAGACGGGGAAAUUCAUAUGUGCUUACCCAGGAAUAUACUACUUUUCCUAUGACAUCACUCUGGCCAACAAGCACCUGGCUAUUGGUUUAGUUCAGAACGGACAGUACCGGAUAAAGACUUUUGAUGCCAACACAGGGAACCAUGACGUCGCAUCUGGCUCAACAGUGAUGUUUCUCAACCCAGAGGAUGAGGUGUGGCUGGAGAUCUUCUACAAGGACCAGAACGGCCUGUUUGCUGACCCCGGCUGGGCUGACAGUCUGUUCUCUGGGUUUUUGCUUUAUGCAGAUACAAACUAUAUGGAUACAUUGGCAGAAGACUACAAAUAGCAGCUGUGGUAACAUCAUUUAAUCUUGGAUCAGGCCCUGCUGAUUUUCAGCAUUCAUGCCAUGAAUGUUACAUUUGUAAACACUGAUUCCAUUUAAAAAAAGAGGUUUUAUAGUAAAAAAAAAAAUAUAUAUAUAUAUAUAUAUAGUAUAUAUAUAUAUCCUGCAUUCAUUUUUUUUCUGAUAUUUUUUAAUGGAAGAAUGUGUCCAGUGUGAAUGGCCUCUAACUUGCUGAAAGUCACCAUUUAUAUUAUUGAUGAAAAUACGGAAAAUGAAAAUGAUGUUGUUACCUAUCAUAAAAAUAAAAAUGAGAUUGUUUUUGUUUUAUAUA